AUGUCGGCCAACGAUGUCCCACCGUUAAAUCGCCACCAACGUCUACGCUACAUCAAGAAGGGUGUUGGUCGCAGGAGAUUGGGACGAGCGGAAGCCUCAAAAAUUGAAGACAAGCGUAGGCGCGAAAUGGAAGGUGCACGAGGUGCUAUAGCGAUCACGAGUCGCAGUCCUGACCGAAUCCGCUCUCAACACGAUGCACUUGUUGAGAUGGCAACCUGGGAAGAUAUACACCGCAAAAUCAACCAUAUCUUUAGGCCUGAGCAGCAUCCAGAAGACAUCGAAGAGGCCCGCGUUGCAUACAUCGAUGAUCUUCAAGCCGUGGUCGACCGACUCAUUGCGGAUGCGCAGGAAGCCAUUGACAGCCCCAAGACACUCAGUACGGGUAACCUUCGAAGAAUCACACAUCAUUAUCGACGUCUUGUUGCUGGUCAUCACCAGAUCCGUGAUCUUGUCCAGCAGGGAAAGGAUGCAGUGGACGCUGCUAUUGAAGACGAGGUCAUCAUCUUUGAAGGUCAACGCUUGAACCGACUUGAAUUCCGCAGGAUCUACGGGUGGUAA